CGUCUGGAAGAAAUCGAUACAAAAUAUCGGGUAUCGAAAGAAAAUGUAUCGAUAGAUACUUCAAAAUAUCGGAGUAUCGAAUAUCCCUUCCCUACUUCCGUAUCCGUAUGUCCGUAUUCCGUAUUGUUUUGUCACGGGAAUUUUGGGAAGUGUUCAAGUAAAUAUUAAAUAUUCAAGUAGAAAGAACAAAUAGGUAUUUACGAUGGCUUUAAGGAUCGUCCAUAGAAACUCUUUAAAAUGUGUUUGCAAUGUAGCUAGGGCACAGUCAACAAUGUCUGCAUUCGAAAUACAGCACAAGACACCUCUUAUUAAAAAACAACACCCUAUCCCUGUGGCUAUGUAUGGUGGAAGAAAUGCAGUCACCAUGCUGCCCGGAGGUGGCAUCGGUCCUGAGCUCAUGGACUAUGUACGUGAAGUUUUCAAAUAUGCCGGUGCUCCAGUUGAUUUUGAGGUAAUUGAUAUUGAUCCUCAUUCAGAAGAGAGUACUGCAUUCGAUUAUGCUAUUACAUCUAUUAAAAGAAAUGGUGUUGCUAUUAAAGGCAACAUUGAAACAAAAAGUGAGAGUGCAGGUGUAUUGUCCAGGAAUGUUGCUCUGAGAAAUGAGUUGGAUUUGUUUGUAAAUAUUCUCCAUUGUAAAUCGUUUCCUGGUAUACCUGCAAGGCAAAAAGAUAUUGAUAUUCUUAUAAUUCGUCAAAAUACUGAGGGUGAAUAUGCCAUGUUGGAACACGAAAGUGUUAACGGUGUGGUAGAGAGUAUGAAGGUUGUAACAGAAUCAAAUUCUAAUAGGGUGGCUAGAUACGCUUUUGAAUUUGCAAAAAGAACUGGAAGGAAAAAGAUAACAACAAUACAUAAAGCCAACAUAAUGAAACUUUCAGACGGCUUGUUUUUGGAAACCUCAAGAAAAAUUGCCAAGGAAUAUCCAGAAAUCGAGCACAAUGACAUGAUUAUAGACAACUGUUGCAUGCAGCUAGUAUCCAAGCCUCACCAAUUUGACGUUAUGAUAAUGACAAAUUUAUAUGGUAGCAUUGUAUCAAACGUGCUAUGUGGAUUGAUAGGGGGUGCUGGCAUAUUAUCAGGAAGAAAUUAUGGAGAUCAUUAUGCACUUUUUGAGCCAGGAACUCGUAACACUGGAACAGCUAUAGCUGGCAAAAACAUUGCAAAUCCUUUAGCUAUGUUGAAUGCUUCUGUAGACAUGUUAAAUCAUCUUGGUCAUAAACAACAUGCCAGCUUAAUUAUGAAUGCUAUGAUGAAGACUAUUGCUGAAGAUAGAUUGCUCACUCCAGAUCUCGGAGGAAGCGCCAGUAGUACGGAUGUUGUUCAGAAAGUUAUUGACCAUAUCUUACAAGCUGACAUCAGACCAUGGUAAUUUUAUCUCUGUGGUAAUAGUGUGAUGGUUUGUCACUACUAACUGGUCACGCUUGCCUCUGUGAUGUUUUCAUCCACUAACUUUUUAGGUCGUUUUCCUAACAAACACUUAUCCUUUGCAUUUUCACUCCUAACAGUUACACUGAGCUGCCUUUACCUAAUGCAGUAUUAAUUUUUUCGUAUUUUUUUACAGAGUCGUCACUCAAUCUCUCUUUUACCAUCGUGUUUACCGUGUGAUUAUUUAUAUGUAAAUAUAAAAUUUUUAUGUAAGUUAAGCUGUACUGACCUAUUGAAACAAAUGUUGAAAUAAUUUUAGAUUAUAUGUUUAAUAGAGUUUGUUAAUAAGAGAACAAGGUAUUUGAA